GUAUUGCUGUGUAUGGUGGAUAUUGCAGCAAAGCCAGACCUUCCAUGCUCAGGGAUGAGAGAGACAGCCCUGAGGUUGAGAGAGAGAGAGAUGGUGUAUGGGUUUAAGGGAGGGUUUAGUUCUACCAACUGGUAGUUAGAGAUUGAGCUUCUUAACCAAACGCUUCUUUCACCAGCCAAGAACAAGCUCAAGAAGAUCAAGAAGAAGAAGAAGAAGAAGAAGCAAAACCCAAAAGAAAAAAGAAAUAGAAAGGAAAGCUCAAAAAGCGAAAAUUCUAUUUUACGAAACGAGACAGAGAUAGAGAUAGAGAUAGAAAGAGAAAGAUAUCAUUCUUUGGAGUUUCUCACAGAAACUUUUAGACAGAGAGAGAGGGGGGGGUGUUUAUGUGUGAUUCUCACGUGGGGAUUGAUGGGAAUCAUAGAUGGAGAAUAUAUGAUUAGAAAAAAAGAUCAAAAGUGAAAAUUCAUAGCUCUUCGAAUUAUUACCUCUUUUUUUUUUUUUGUUUUUUUUGAAUUUUCCAAAAAACAGUUGGUUUUUCUUCUCUGCGUCUUCUUUUCUUUAUUAUUACUAUGAGUGAUGUUGUAUAUUGAUGAAUAAAAUUUUCGAUGAAAACUGAGGCUUUGUGGUGUUGUAUUUGGGGGAGUCUCGGGAUCGGAAAGUGUUUAGUUUUGGGAGGAUUGUGUUCCUGCGGAUCGGUUGUUGUCUCCAAGCUUUGCUGUUCCCCACAAUACCCACAACUGCUACGGAUUUCCAGUUCCCGGGUGUCUUUGUAAUCGAAAUCAAAUACCCAGGUGGAAAUUAUUGAGAUUUGGAAAAAAUGGCAACUUUUUACAGUAAUUCAAAUAAUCAAAGAGAUGCUGCGCCAAUGCUCUAUUUAAGGGAACAUUUGCCUAGUUCGUACGCAGAAGCACCAGUUCUUUCUGGUAAUAUGAUGAUGUAUAUGAACUCUGGGUCAUACUCGGAUGCUUUGGCCGGGAAUUCUCAGCAGCAAAACAACUGCAUGGAAAUCCCAUCGUUGGGUGCUUCAAAUUCUCCCCCACAGCAACAUGAAAUCUUGUCAAAUCUUGGUGGGUCACGCAUUGUGGAGCAUGAUUUCAGUGCAUGGAGGGAGGGUAGAAAUGAGAUGCUGGUUACAAACCCAAUGGGUGGCUCUGCCAGCUUUCUUCAGAGUGGACAAAAUUUGCAGGGUCAGGGAUUAUCCCUCAGCCUCAGUACACAAAUCCCAUCAGGAAUCCAAAUGCCAUCGAUCCCAUAUCGGGAUCCUAAUCGAGGAUUUGCUUCCUUCUUGAGUCCAAUUUCAGAUGAUAGUGGUGAUAGGAAUGGCUCUUCUAGAGAUGAACAGAUGAGAAACGCUGAAUACUUGCCACCUAGUUUUCCUGGAGGCAAUCAGGAUUUAAAAGGGGAUUUAUCUCCUUAUGGGAUGUCGAGUGUUGUGAGAAACAUUCCCAAUUCCAAAUAUCUCAAGGCAGCACAACUACUGCUUGAUGAAGUGGUUAAUGUCCACAAAGCUCUAAAGCAUCCUGAUACUGCAAAAAAAGGCACGCAUGAGCAUCAGAUAAAGAGUCCCAAGGAGGGCGACGGAGGAUCAAAGAAUGAAACUGGAGGGUCUUCACACCCUCAAGAAUCGGCCAGUAACUCCACAUGUGAACUUUCUCAUGCUGAAAGACAAGAUCUGCAGAACAAGUUGACCAAGCUAUUGUCCAUGUUGGAUGAGGUUGAUAGAAGGUACAAACAGUAUUCUCAUCAGAUGCACAUUGUGGUGUCAUCAUUUGAUGUGAUUGCGGGCUGUGGGGCAGCUAAACCAUAUACAGUACUUGCCCUCCAGACUAUCUCCCGCCACUUUCGGUGUUUGCAUGAUGCAAUCACUGGCCAGAUUCGAGCAACCCGUAAAAGCCUUGGGGAGCAAGAUACUUCAGGAAUCGGCAAGGGAGUUGGAAUAACUCGCCUCCGCUAUGUAGACCAGCAGCUCAGGCAACAGAGGGCUCUUCAGCAGCUUGGUAUGAUGCAGCAACAUGCCUGGAGGCCACAGAGGGGGCUGCCUGAAAGCUCGGUUUCAAUUCUCCGUGCUUGGCUGUUUGAGCAUUUCCUUCAUCCCUAUCCAAAGGAUUCUGAUAAGAUCAUGCUAGCAAGGCAGACAGGAUUGACUAGAAGUCAGGUAUCAAACUGGUUUAUAAAUGCACGAGUGCGUCUUUGGAAGCCCAUGGUUGAGGAGAUGUACAAAGAAGAGACUGGAGAUGCUGAGAUAGACUCUAAUUCUUCAUCUGAAAAUGCAGCCAAGGCAACAAAAGGAGAUAAUAAGUCCUCCGAGGAUAGAGGGGGAGAUUUGCAACAAACUGCAAGCUCAACAGCCGCUGAGAGAUGCAGCACUGGUCAACUCAUGGACACAAAACCUGAUUGUGUUCCUGAUGUAGAAAUGGCUGGAUCCACUGGAGUACUCAGUUUCCAAAAUGGGACUCGUAGAGAAGCUGAAAAUGAAUACGGGUUAGUGAAACGAAGGGAGGAACAAAGGCCUAGUGUGGAUGACUGUAGUCUCUUCCCUGAUGCAAUGAUUCAGUCUGAUGGGGCCAGUGAAAGGUUCAUGGCAGCUGCUGCUGCAUAUCACAUGUCCGAGUUGGGGAGGUUCGGUGGCGGGAGUGGAGUAUCUCUUACAUUGGGGUUACAGCACUGUGAGGGUGGUAGCCUACCCAUGUCUGGGGGGACCCAUCAAAGUUUCAUUAACAUGAGAGGGGACCAACUUUACAAUGCUGCACCAUCAUCUGUAGGGGCUGAGACUGCAGAUUUUGAAUGUAUGAAUUCUGGUAACCAGCAACACAGGUUCAGUUCUUCCCAUCUACUGCAUGAUUUUGUGGUGUGAAGAUGCUGAUUGCUGAUCCACAUGGUUGAUUUUUGAACUGUUAUUACUUGCAAGAGGAACAGUGAUUACCAGGCUAUGAACUGUGUUCCUUCGGGAGUAUUGGUUUUGCUUGCAAAUAGUAACAGAAAGACUGCAGUCCUAUGGAAACAUAUAAAACACAGUUGUAAUAUAUCAAGGAAUUGGUUGGAAGAUUAGCAUAUUUGUAAAGAUACAUAUUUUUUGUUUGAUAUGUGGAAGGAAAAUUUUACAGCUAA